UGAGUGAAUGAGUUUGGGUGGUCAGUGGUUAGUCACUGCACCUUCUUCUAUCUUUCCUUUCUUCCCCCAAUUCAACAACACACACUAAACUACACACACACACGCCCACAUUCCCCUCUCUUUUUUCCUUUCUUUCUUGAAUCCCCUUUUCCCAAGAUUCCACCUUUUUACAAUCUCACCUUUGCCACAAAGUUUUGACUUUGGAGAAAAGAGAACAACAAUUAUUAAGAUGAAUAACAAUAUACCUAUUUCAUCACCUAAGUAGAGAAUCCAAAGUUGAAAAAGAAUUGAAGUAACUCCUAUUGGUCUUGGCUGCAAGAUCAAUAACUUGCUGUUAAGGGUGCACCAUGGGGAACGAGUCAUGGUUCCAAGGUCUUUGGAAACCUUCAAGGAAACAUGACCAUGGUCCGGAAAAAGUUCGAAUUGGCGUUUUAGUGUUUGAAGUAGCUAGUGUAAUGUCUAAGCUAGUCCAUCAAUGGAACUUACUAACAGAUAAACAAAUCAUGAAGUUAAGGGAGGAGAUGAGUAACUCUGUGGGUAUUACAAAGCUUGUUUCAGAUGAUGAUGAUUAUGUAGUAGAUUUAAUAUGUGCUGAGAUGCUACACAAUUUGGAAAAUGUGUCGAAGGUUGUCACGAGGCUUUCCAAGAAAUGUAGAGAUCCCGUUUUAAAAUGUUUUGAACGUGCAUACGAUGAUUUGAUUAAGUUUGGCGUUGACCAGUACCAGUGGCAGUUUACAUGGAAAAAGAUGAAUGAGAAAGUGAAAAAGAUGGAAAGCUUUAUUAUGAUUAAUGCGAGUUUAUAUCAAGCAAUGGAAAAUCUUACUGAACUUGAACAAAUCUUGAGGAGAAUGAAGAGUACUGAUGAUCACGAUAGCAUAACUGUGGUAGAUUAUACAAAGAAAAUGGCAUGGAAGCAGCAUGAAGUGAAACGGUUAAAGGAGAUUUCAUUGUGGAACAAGACUUAUGAUUAUGUGGUUUUGAUUUUGGCAAGAUCCAUAUUCACUAUCUUUGCUAGAAUCGGGCAUGUUUUUGGAAUUAACCAUGUGUUACCUCCAAAAGUUGAAGAAUCUGCAUUGCUAGAUUCAGGCUUGCUUCAUUCUUCAGUUGACCCAGGUCAGAAUAAGAUUCCAAGAUUCUCCUCUGGCCCAUUAGGGAACAUUGGUACUAAAUCUGGCCCGAUUCCAAGAACGAAUAAUGUGAAGAAUUUUUUUUCGGGCCCACUAGGUAAUGCAAUAACAGUUUCUGGUUCUAAACGUGGAAGUGUUAACUCUUUUUCGGGGCCCAUUGGUAAACUAACAUCAAAGUCGGGGCCUUUAAUGCGAGCUGCUAAAACCGGACUGAAAUGGUGGCAUUCACGUGACAGUUCAUCAAAGAUUCAUGGAAAAAGUGUUACCCCAAACCGUAUGAGUACUAGUAAUGGAACUUUUGGAGGCUGCAUGAUAGGUGGGAACGGUUCUCCAGUUAAGCACCAUGGAACUCAAAAGGCCGCCUCUUCUGCUGCUAGGUGGCGGGUUCAAGAAACUGGCUUGAAGCCAAAACGGUGUGAUGCUCCACCAGAAACACUCGGUGCUGUUGCUUUGUCUCUGCAUUAUGCUAAUGUGAUUGUGGUUCUUGAAAAGCUGGUGGCAUCUCCUCACUUGAUCGGUCAUGAUGCAAGAGAGGAUUUAUAUAAUAUGCUGCCCAAAAAUGUGAAAAACGCUCUUCGUGUGAGGUUAAAACCAUAUGCUAAAAGCUUGGAAAUGGCAGUUUAUGAUGCGGCUUUAGCAGAAGAAUGGAGUGAGGCCAUGUUGGGAAUUUUAGAUUGGUUAUCACCACUUGCUCAUAAUACGAUAAGAUGGCAGUCAGAAAGGAGUUUUGAGCAUCAAAAUAUGGUUUCGAGAACAAAUGUUCUCCUUGUACAAACUCUCUACUAUGCAAAUCAAGAAAAGAUAGAAGCAACAAUUACCGAGCUUCUUGUUGGUUUAAACUACAUUUGGAGGUUUGGUAGAGAAGUUAACGCUAAAGCUUUGUUGGACUGUGAAAAUGGUGUCGACGAUUAUGUAAACUUGGUGUAGUUGCUGUUUCAAAAUGAAAAAGGUACCCUUCAAAAGUCGAUAUAUCGUUUUUUGGGGAUAUAAAACUUAUGUUAUAUGGUAGAUGUUUACCGAAAUAUGAGCUUUCCCUUAGAUAUUACAAGGUUUAUGCUAAAUAUAACAUGGUUGAGGAGGUGUUGUGAUGAUCAAAUUGACCAUUCAUGAUUGCUUUUAA